AUGGCAACAACAAAUAAUCCUGAUGUUAUUGAUGAACUGGAAUAUGAAGACGAAGAAGAAGAGGAAACUGACGAGGAUGUUCGGCCUCAAGUUGGUUCACGAGCGGAAAAAUCACUCGGACUUCUUACGCAAAGAUUUCUCACUCUGCUUCAGUCGUCACUUGGUGGUAUAGUUGAUUUGAACGAGGCUGCUGAAGAUCUUAAUGUGAGGCAAAAAAGGCGGAUCUACGAUAUAACUAAUGUUUUGGAAGGUGUUGGCCUUAUAGAAAAAAAGUCUAAAAAUGUUAUUCAAUGGAAGGGUGGAGAAUUAAGAAAGCCUGGAACAAAGCAGUUGAGACCAGAGGAAGAAGAACACCUUAUGCUUCUUAAGGCCGAAUUAUCUGAACUUGUGGAGGAAGAACGUCUCAUUGAUUCGUAUAUCAAGUGGAUGAAACAGAGCAUCAGAAAUGUUUGCGACAAUCAAGCGAAUCAAAAAUUGGCUUAUAUUCGCAGAGAUGAUAUUUUACCGGUUUUUCGCGACAGUAUUGUCUUUGUUGUAUUUGCUCCUCCUGGUACCUCUGUCGAAGUUGGUCAUCCUUCAAGAGUUGGUGUCCUUGAUCAUUUCUUUUACUUUCUGUUAUUUUUUUGCUUUUUUUGUAGUGAAUAUCGGUAUCAAAUGAGAUUGCGGAGUCCAAACGGUCCAAUUUCUGUGAUGCUUGUUAAUAAAGGAGAAGAAGAUUCGAGGACAAGUUUCAAACGGAUUCAUGAGAAAUUUCCUUUGAAAUCAGUGCCUUAUCCAAUUGUCGGUGAUGUUCCUGGUCAAUUAUUGGAGGGGGAAGACGAUGAUAGUCCAGUAAAAAGAAAAAAGCUUGAUGAUGAUGUCAAAAGUUACGAUGUGGUACACUUGCAAACACCUUGUAAGGAUAUUGUCCGGCAGACUGAUCCUAUUGAAACAAAAAAUUGGUUAUCGUUGAAACAAAGUCAACUGAAUUGUUUUCGAGAAUUAAGUCCGCCACCAAAUGAACGAGAUUACAUAUUCAACCUUAAUCCUUUCGAAUCGGUCGCUGAUAUUUAUGCCGACGACGUCAUCUAG